UCUAUACAAAAUGAAGAAGCCCAGUGGAAUACAUUCGCCAGUACAACGCUCAGUCGGCGUUACGCAGUACCAAACGUAUUUUUCGACGAGUUGCAACGUCUGGAUGCGUUCUUGCUGGGUCAUUUUUCAUUGCUUCUCGAAUUAUGAAUGUGAAAAAUGCAUUUCGAAAGGCAUCUGGAAGACAAAAAUCAGAAUAGAAAGGCUUUCUUCCAGAUGAUUCCGGAGAUGCAUUCAGUACCCCGCUAAUCGAUGACGUGCCAGCAACUAUGCUAUCCUCAGUGCUGUAUUCGGAU